UGGUGGGGCGCGGAUCUUGAGCGAAAAAGUCGGAGCAGGGACGCGAGGGAGUUCGUGCAGAGAUCUGGAAGGCCACGCCUCCUUUCGCCUACCCUCUCAGCCUUGCAGCUGGGGACAGAGCUCAGCUAUUAGAAGCUUCUGAGAUAAUACAUUUUUUUGCUGAAAAAUCUCUAUUUCUGUUCAGACUGUCUUCUGAAGAUCGAUGUCUAUUUCCUUGAGCUCUUUAAUUUUCUUGCCAAUUUGGAUAAACAUGGCACAAAUCCAACAGGGAGGUUCAAAUGAAAAAGAGCAGACUACAGCAUUGAAAGAUUUGCUGUCUAGGAUCAAUUUGGAUGAACUCAUGAAAAAGGACGAACCACCUUUUGAUUUUCCAGAUACACUGGAAGGCUUUGAAUAUGCUUUUAAUGAAAAGGGGCAGUUAAGACACAUAAAAACUGGGGAACCAUUUGUUUUUAACUUCCGAGAAGACUUACACAGGUGGAACCAGAAAAGAUAUGAAGCUCUGGGCGAGAUCAUCACAAGAUAUGUUUAUGAGCUCCUGGAAAAUGACUGUAAUUUGAAAAAAAUUUCUAUUCCAGUAGAUGCCACUGAGAGUGAACCAAAGAGUUUUAUCUUUAUGAGUGAGGAUGCUUUGACAAAUCCACAGAAACUGAUGGUUUUAAUUCAUGGUAGUGGUGUUGUCCGGGCAGGUCAGUGGGCUAGAAGGCUUAUUAUUAAUGAAGAUCUGGACAGUGGCACACAGAUACCUUUUAUUAAGAGAGCCGUGGAUGAAGGGUAUGGAGUCAUAGUCCUGAACCCAAAUGAAAACUAUAUAGAAGUGGAAAAGCAGAAAAUGCAUAAACAGUCAUCUUCUGAUGGCACAGAUGAGCCAGCAGGGAAGCGGGAAAGGAAAGAUAGGGUCUCCAAGGAAACAAAGAAGCGCCGCGAUUUCUAUGAGAAGUACCGCAACCCCCAAAAGGAGAGAGAAAUGAUGCAGUUGUUUAUCAGGGAAAAUGGCUCUCCUGAGGAGCAUGCAGUGUAUGUGUGGGAUCAUUUUAUAGCCCAGGCUGCUGCAGAGAAUGUGUUCUUUGUUGCUCAUAGUUAUGGAGGACUUGCUUUUGUUGAACUGAUGAUUCAACGAGAAGCAGAUGUAAAAAGUAAGGUGACUGCUGUGGCAUUGACAGACUCUGUUCACAAUGUGUGGCAUCAAGAAGCUGGCAAAACCAUCAGAGAAUGGAUGAGAGAGAACUGUUGCAACUGGGUCUCCAGCUCAGAACCAUUAGAUACAUCGGUGGAGUCCAUGCUGCCUGACUGUCCCAGAGUAUCUGCAGGCACCGACCGUCACGAGCUCACUUCGUGGAAGAGCUUCCCGUCCAUCUUCAAGUUCUUCGCGGAAGCCUCGGAGGCCAAGAGCAGCUCGCAGAAGCCGGCCCUGACGCGGCGCUCGCACCGGAUCAAGCACGAGGACCUGUGAGCGCGCUGCCGCCCGCCUGCCGCGCCCGCACGCCGCCCGCAGCCUCCCGGCCCCCAUUAGAUUGCUUUCUUUCUCCUGCGCAGGGUCGUGAUGUGUCCGUCUAACUAGCGUUUUGCAUUAUUUCUAGAUGAGUGCAACUGUCAAAGCAAUAUGGCUUCGGCGGCCGGGUUGCCUGCGGCUGAGCCGGGCCUCGCGCUGCGUGGCCCGGGCGAAGGAGGCUGACAGCGCUCGGAGUGCCACGGCUCCGCGCUCCUAAUUGCCGGGCUGAUCCGCGGGCGCGGCUGGCCGAACGGCGUCUGCGCGGUCCUACCGCCCGCUGCAGCGUGGCCGCCGCUGCCCAGCCUCAAUCGUGCCCAUUUUUAAUCCCCUUUAAAUCCAGCAAGCUUUUAUUCUAAACCACAAACUUGAUUUUAACCAGGUUUUUUUCCACGGGUCAUCAUAUGAGCCCCUGUCUUUUAUACAAAGCCACACACUCAAGUCCUAAAAAUGCCAACUUUAAGUGCAAAACAUGAUGAACUUUGUAGUUUGGGGAGUACAAUUGUUCCCUCCCUAUAACGACUUAUUUUCACUUCAAAACCCAAAGAAGAACUUUGCAUAAAGUACCGAAUCUGAAUCCUCAUUUCUGCCCAGUUGAACUCCAGUCUUUAUGUCUCUGAUUUCAGGAGAGAAUGUCCAAUAAACAGAUCUUUUUAGAUGUAGGUAUAAGUCCCCAUGUUCGGUGAAUUUCCAAGUUACUUACAAGAACUGACCUUACUAUGAAAAUAUAUAACAUGAUGAGUGACAUUGUGAUUUAGAUUACACACUUAAGGUUUGCUUUUUUAUGUGCUCCAGUGCAGAGUGGUGGUAGUAGUUGUUGAUCCUUACAAACUGUACUUUGUCCUUUCUUGGAGUGUACCCUUUCAGAUGCAGGAUUUUUUACUAUCAUCAAGAAAAUAAAACUGCAUACCCUCUUUCUUCCGAUAGUCCAAGUAGGAUUAAAAUGCUUCAGUUUUCAUCUGCAGUAGGAAAAGAGAAUCAUGGUGUGAAUGAGCUUCUCUUUUGGGUCCAAAAUGUUUACUGUGAUAGGGUACUGCCCUAUAAUUCCAACCGUUAGGCCAACAUGGAAGAUAAAAUAAGUUGACAUUUUACUGGCUUUUGAAUUAAAGUAUUAAACAUUAAUUACUUGAAAUUUUUAAUUAGUGAAGAUUAUAUCCAGUGGGUGAUAGUGUGAUUUAAUACAUCCAUCCUUUUUGAAAUUAAUUCAACAAGUAAUUUGCCUUGUUUGAGACCUUGAGACAGUAUAAUCAAAAUGAGUCUGAUUUACUAACACCAGGGAAGAAAACCUGAGCUCAGCCAUCUCAUGAGGAAUAUUCUCAUCUCGUGAACUGAUUUUAGCAAGUUUCAAACUGUAACAUCUUAUGCUCUUUACACAUACAUCCAUUCAGUCGUUCUGUAGUGACAGUAAAGUCUUCAGUGGCCAUGGCUGGGCAUCUUCUGAUAUUACUUAGGCAGAAGCACCUUAGGAAAAAUCAAAAUGACGUUUUAUCCAGCUUCCGGGAAGUUUAAAAUAUGUUACUCCAACAAUGUUGAACACAUUGGACUGUCAUAGUGGCCCUUUACAUUUCUGUUUUUAGAAGUAUUGAUGAAUUCUGUAAAAAUAAUAAUAUCUUUCCAGUGACUGGGCUUGAAAAACUGGUGUGCAUUGAUUAUAUUUUACCAAAUGUUAUCAAUUGUCUGGUGUUCUCAGUAUGUGAAAAUGUUCACAAGAAACUGAGAUUGCAACAUCAAGGGAGGGGGGAACCAAUGCAGAGCUAAAUUUGCUAAACUUCCCCAGCUAAAUUAAAGCAAAGUUAAAGUGCUCAGUUUAUGAGCCAAACAAAAGUAUCCUGUUCCUUCCCUCCAGGUUCCUCUCUGCAGCUCUGAAAUCUUGUUUAGAGAAAGUCUCUGUUUCCUUGGGAUGAGUACUUUACUGUCACUGAAUUGUAACCUUGUCAUCUGUCUAAUAGAGAGCUAUUUACAAAGUUACAUUUUGUAAAUGUCUGUUACUACUUGUGGAUCUGUGCUACAGCAACCCAGAGGGAGCCAGGCACAACACCCCAGAUCAGCAGCUGAUGAGGGACAAAUGAUUCCUUACAAUGUAGGAUUUCUUGACCUGUUGAUUGGGUUGCUGUGGUAUAUGUGUAAUGAUGUUAGUCACCUCAGCUUUCUCAGGAUAACAACAAGCACUUGGCAGUACCCUGCCUGCAUGGAGGCCAGGGUUAAUAUUUCUCCUCUGGUCUUCUCCCUAUUUUUAUUUUCUUAAAAAGAUUUUAGGCACACAGUUGUAGAAAGGUAAAGUGUGAGCUUUUUUUAAAAAAAAAAAAAUCUUAUACUUAGUUUUUAAAGUAAGUAGAUGGAGAAAGACAUAAAUUGGAAUUUCAAAAUAGUCUGAUUAAAGCUUAGGUGCCAGGCAAUUGCUUUGGAGCUUUUUCAGGUACCUAACGCACAGUCCUUGGAAGUCAUCCUGGAUGUUUGCUAGGCCAUCUAACUUGUAAUAAUUGUUCUUUUCUCACAUUACUGCCUCGUGCUUCCUGAAAUGCAUUUUUAUUUGUUUAUAUGUCAAAAAUAAUAAAGUGCAGAGCCUCCUGUAAUCUUGUUUACCAUUUUAAAAUAAAAUUUUUCCAACAAAGCAA